AUGGGCGACGCUGCCAACCAAAUCACCAGAGGCGCUCUGAAGUAUGCUCCGUGCUGGCCGCGCCGUCGCGAUGCCCCUCAUUCAAGUACUGACAAUGACCUCCCAGUGCCAUCUUCAACGACCCCGCGAGGGCCGCUGCAGUUCCCAGUGCCCGUCCUGCAGUGCCUCCAGAUCAAACCACUGGCAGCACAACAACCGGGUGGUGGUGAGAGAUACCGCAUCGUCCUGAGCGACAUCGACAACUAUGUCCAGUGCAUGCUCGCCACCCAGGCAAAUCACGUCGUCCACGAUGGCAAACUUGUCAAGAACUGUAUCCUGCGCGUCAAGUCAUUCCAGUCCAACUCAGUCAAGGGAAAGAACAUUCUGAUCGUCCUCGACGUUGAUGUCAUCGAGUCCCUCGGCACACCAGAGAAAAUCGGCGAGCCCGGCGCCUUCGAAGCGAAGCCCGCCGACGCCGCAGCCAACACGACCAUUGGCGGCACCGGAUUCUACGGAACAAAGCAAGAAGAGUCAAAGCCUGCAGUCAAGAAGGAGAACCUGCCCUCACGCGUGGGAGGUGCAUCGCGGAUCGGAAACAACGUCAUAUACCCCAUCGAGGCACUGUCGCCUUAUGCCAACAAGUGGACCAUCAAGGCCCGGGUGAGCGCCAAAUCCGACAUCAAGACAUGGCACAAGUCCACCGGCGAGGGCAAGCUCUUCAGCGUCAACCUGCUGGACGAGAGUGGCGAAAUCAAGGCGACCGGUUUCAACGACCAGUGCGACCAGUUCUACGACCUCCUGCAGGAUGGAGAGGUUUACUAUAUCUCCAACCCCUGUCGCGUACAGCUCGCCAAGAAGCAAUUUUCGAAUCUCCCCAACGACUACGAGCUGACCUUCGAGCGCGACACCGUCAUCGAGAAAGCCGAGGACCAGAGCAAUGUCCCGCAGGUCCGCUUCAACUUCUGCGGGAUCGAGGAUCUGAACAAGACCGAGAAAGAUACCACCGUUGAUGUUGUUGGCAUUUUGAAGGAGGCCGGGGAGGUGGGCGAGAUCACCUCCAAGACGACUAACAAGCCUUAUAACAAGCGGGAACUCACUAUUGUCGAUGAUAGUGCAUACUCCGUGCGCGUGACCAUCUGGGGCAAGACAGCCACCAGCUUUGAUGCGCCCUUGGAGUCGGUCGUUGCGUUCAAGGGCGUCCGCGUAUCCGACUUUGGAGGCCGGUCGCUGUCUCUGCUAUCGUCUGGCACCAUGGCCAUCAACCCCGACAUCGCAGAGGCACACCGGCUGAAGGGCUGGUACGAUGCGUCGGGCCGCACUGACAACUUUGCCUCGCACAACAACAUGGCCUCCAUGGGCAACGCAACCGGCCGCAAGGACGACACCAAGAACAUCCUCCAGGUGAAGGACUCCGGGCUCGGCAUGGAAGACGUGGCCUACUUCACCGUGAAGGCGACGAUUGUGUACAUCAAGCAGGACAACUUUUGCUACCCGGCCUGCAAGUCCGAGGGCUGCAACAAGAAGGUGAUUGAGGAGGACGGCGGUUGGCGAUGCGAGAAGUGCAAUGUCACCCACGACAGGCCCGAGUACCGGUACAUCAUGUCCGUCAACGUGAAUGACCACACGGGUCAGCUGUGGCUGAGCUGCUUCGACGACACGGGCCGGGCCAUCAUGGGAGGGAAGACCGCCGACGAGCUUGUCGAGUUGAGGGAGAACGACGCCGAGAAGCUGGCGCAGGUCUUUGACGAGGCAAACUGCUCAAAGUUUAGCUUCAGGUGUAGGGCGAAGAUGGACACUUUUGGUGACACGCAGCGGAUCCGAUACCAGGUCAUGAGCGCUGCGCCGCUGAACUACGUCGCCGAGGCCAACAAGCUGGCCGAGCUGAUCAAGCAGUAUGAGCUGAACUGA